AUGCCAGUACUUAGAGUACUUACAAGGCUGGGUCCCAGCCCCUUUGUGCGUCAGUGCGUUAGUCUGUUAGUUGUGGAUUCACCUGGGCGAGCCCUAAACUCUCGGCGCUCUCGGGCUCUUGAAACUCCCUGUAAUUUCUCGAGGCGCAGCCCGAAAACACCGCGCAAUGCGCGACAGAAUUUGCGUCGAUUAUAUAAGCAGUCGGUAGCUCCGUUCUCUUCCCUUUUGCCUAACGCAUUCUUUAUCGUUUCCAAGAACUGCUCACGAACAGACAAACAAACUAUACACAGAAUAAUGUCCACUGCUCCUAACACUACUGAAACCGCUCCUGCUCCAGUCGCUGGUCAAUCUCCAGUCGCUGCCGUCGAGCAAACUGCUGCUACUGUCGAAGCUAAUGCUUCUGACGCUCCAGCUGCUACCACUACUACUGGUGCUGCUGAAAAGUCUGCUACCGCUGCUGUUGAACAAACUGCUGCCAAGGCCGGAGAGACUGCUAAGCCAGCUGAAAAGAAGACUCAAGAAACCAAGAAGGAAUCUCAAGGCUUUGUCAAGAAGUUCACUUCUAAAUUGAAGUCUCUAUUCCAGUAA